CUGGGCUUUGCGCUCCUCUCCCGGGAACCACCGUCCUCAGAUCUCCCCGGGGAGUGGGCCGUCCUCUUCCUGCCCCCACCCGCGAGACGCGGCAGAAAAGCCCGCGGCUAUCUUCCCGCCAGCAACAGCCUCCCGCCGAGCCGGUCGGGACAGAGGCGGCCCCCACCCCCACUGGGCAGGGACUGCAGACGGCGCUCCCCGACUCUCAGACGACCAGGGAGCUUCCCUUUUCCUCAGCGGGGUGAGGGGCAUCUGUCGCCUGCCGACUUGGAGGUGGGGGGCAGGGACAUUCCCUCGCCAUCACCUCAGGAGCUAGAAUGCUUCUCGCCGCAGGGCGUGGGCCUCCCAAUCCCUCCAAGGGGCGGACGGCGUGCGCAACCCCCUGGAGAAGCAACAGGCGCCCCCAUCCCCCUCCAAGCCGGGUAACGCCGACCCCCUUUUCCCUCCCGCUCUUCACCUCCGGAAGCCGGGCCAAAGCCUGGGCGAACGACUGCGCCUCACUCCGCCCCCUGCGCCAUUUUAUCGCCCCCUCCCCGACCUCCCCCACCCCGAGUCAGCCGGGCCAACGCCAGGGGGAGGGCAAACCAGCAGUGAUUGGCAGGAAACCGUCCCGCCUCUAGGAGGGUUGUGCCCCGCGCAGGCGCUUCAGCCCCGCCCUCCGCACCGCCUACCGUGCCCGCCGGCUCCACCUUUUCCCGUCUCAUCGACCUGCUCGACUCUCCGCUGCUCCUCACUUUUUCCAGCUACUGCCGGGCGGGGAGGGGUCCAGGCCGAGCAAGCGGAGCGCCGAGCCCAGCUGAUGCAACCUGGCUGGACUCGCGUGACAGUUCCCGGUACGCGGCGGCGACGGUGACCCAGGAAGGGGCUCUGGUGCCGGGCUGAGCAGGGGAAGCAGGGGUAGCGGAGCCAUGGGGGACGCUCCCAGCCCUGAAGAGAAACUGCACCUUAUCACCCGGAACCUGCAGGAGGUGCUGGGGGAAGAUAAGCUGAAGGAGAUACUGAAGGAGCGGGAACUUAAAAUUUACUGGGGAACAGCAACCACGGGCAAACCACAUGUGGCUUACUUUGUGCCCAUGUCAAAGAUUGCGGACUUCUUGAAGGCAGGAUGUGAGGUAACAAUUCUGUUUGCGGACCUUCACGCAUACCUGGAUAACAUGAAAGCCCCAUGGGAACUUCUAGAACUCCGAGUCAGUUACUAUGAGAAUGUGAUCAAAGCAAUGCUGGAGAGCAUUGGUGUGCCCUUGGAGAAGCUCAAGUUCAUCAAAGGCACUGAUUACCAGCUCAGCAAAGAGUACACACUCGAUGUGUACAGACUGUCCUCCGUAGUCACACAGCACGAUUCCAAGAAGGCUGGAGCUGAGGUGGUAAAGCAAGUGGAGCACCCUUUGCUGAGUGGUCUCUUGUACCCCGGACUGCAGGCUUUGGAUGAAGAGUAUUUAAAAGUAGAUGCCCAAUUUGGAGGCGUUGAUCAGAGAAAGAUUUUCACCUUUGCAGAGAAGUACCUCCCUGCACUUGGCUAUUCAAAACGGGUCCAUCUGAUGAAUCCUAUGGUUCCAGGAUUAACAGGCAGCAAAAUGAGCUCUUCAGAAGAGGAGUCCAAGAUUGAUCUCCUUGAUCGGAAGGAGGAUGUGAAGAAAAAACUGAAGAAGGCCUUCUGUGAGCCAGGAAAUGUGGAGAACAAUGGGGUUCUGUCCUUCAUCAAGCAUGUCCUUUUUCCUCUUAAGUCCGAGUUUGUGAUCCUACGAGAUGAGAAAUGGGGUGGAAACAAAACCUACACAGCUUACACGGACCUGGAAAAGGACUUUGCUGCUGAGGUUGUACAUCCUGGAGACCUAAAGAAUUCUGUUGAAGUCGCGCUGAACAAGUUGCUGGAUCCAAUCCGGGAAAAGUUUAAUACCCCUGCCCUGAAGAAACUGGCCAGCGCUGCCUACCCAGAUCCCUCGAAGCAGAAGCCAAUGGCCAAAGGCCCUGCCAAGAAUUCAGAACCAGAGGAGGUCAUCCCAUCCCGGCUGGAUAUCCGUGUGGGGAAAAUCAUCACUGUGGAGAAGCACCCAGAUGCAGACAGCCUAUAUGUGGAGAAGAUUGACGUGGGGGAAGCUGAACCACGGACUGUAGUGAGCGGCCUGGUACAGUUCGUGCCCAAAGAGGAACUGCAGGACAGGCUGGUAGUGGUGCUCUGCAACCUGAAACCCCAGAAGAUGAGAGGAGUCGAGUCCCAAGGCAUGCUUCUGUGUGCUUCUAUAGAAGGGAUAAACCGCCAGGUUGAACCUCUGGACCCUCCGGCAGGCUCUGCUCCUGGUGAGCGCGUGUUUGUGAAGGGCUAUGAAAAGGGCCAACCAGAUGAGGAGCUCAAGCCCAAGAAGAAAGUCUUCGAGAAGUUGCAGGCUGACUUUAAAAUUUCUGAGGAGUGCAUCGCACAGUGGAAGCAAACCAACUUCAUGACCAAGCUGGGGUCCAUUUCCUGUAAAUCGCUGAAAGGGGGGAACAUUAGCUAGCCAGCCCAGCAUCUUCCUCCCUUCUUCCACCACCGUGUCAUCUGCUCUCUGCAGUCUGCUCCAUCCAUCACCCAUCUGCCCAUCUCUCAGGACAUGGAAGCAGCGGGUUUGGACUCUAUUCGGUGCAGAAAUCAGCAAUGGGCAGCUCACCCUCCCCGGAACCCAGGAUCAUCCUGUCUGGCUGCAGUGAGAGACCGACCCCUAACAAGGGCUGGGCCGCAGCAGGGAGUCCAGCCCUACCUUCUUCCCUUGGCAGCUGGAGAAAUCUGGUUUCAGUAUAACUCAUUUAAAAAUUUAUGCCACAGUCCUUGUAAUUGGAAAAAUACUGGUGCCCAGGUUUUCUUGGAGUUAUCCCAGCAGCUGCGCCUCUAGCUGGGAUCCAGUACCUGGACGGGGCUAAUUACAGCUUCUCCCCAACAGGAAACUGUGGGAUUUGAAAAGGAAAGGGAAGGGAAAACAGAGAACCUAGUGGUCUACCAAGUGGUUGGCAGCUUUCCCAACGUCUGCUUACACUGAGGCUUGGCACUGGGGGGCAGGGCCUGCCCCAGGGCUCUUGGAAUUUCCCUUGAUCCAGCUAGCCUGGGACAUUCCCUAAACCAGCUGCAUGUUAGCAUCAGGCAGAAUGAAUGGCAGGGAGUGAUUCUGUCUUCAGAGAGGGUGGGGUACUUCUCCAUAAGGCAUCUCGGUUCAAUCCCCAUCAUUGUCAUAAAUUCAAAUAAAAUGUCUGAACAAGGGUG